GCGGCGCCCGGCGUGGCGCCGGUUCGAGCCCGGUGAGUGCGGGGUCCCGAACCCUCCCGGGAUGUGCCCGAUCCCUCUGUGACCCACCCCCAAGAACGGGCUCGGUCCCUUCAUAACCUUCUCUGGUUCCUCACCUCCAAGGAGCAGUUCCACGCCUACCUGCGGGCAGGGGGCGAGGAGGAGGAGGAGGAAAAGGAGGAGAAGGAGGAGAAGGAGGAAGAGGAGCAGGUCAGCAGCGCCCAGAGCGAACCCCCAGCCAAGAGGGUGAAGGCAGAGGAGCUCGGGCAGGAUGGGGAAAGCCGAGGGAAUGCUGGAGAGGAGGAGAAGGAGCGGCCGGAGAAGAAGAGAGCGCGGGGGCAGAACAAGAGCCGGCCGUGCAUGAAACCCAGCUCGUAUGAGCAGAGCAGGCUGUGCCCCUCGGUGACACAGGGCUGUGCCGGGCAGUGCCACUUCGGGCCGCGCUGCCGCUUCCUCCAUGACGUGUCCGAGUACCUGGCGGCCAAGCCGGCGGACCUGGGCCGGCGCUGCGUCCUCUUCGACACCUUCGGCCGCUGUCCCUACGGCGUCACGUGUCGCUUCGGCCGGGCGCACCUCGGCGACGGCCACCAGAACCUGGUCAACGCCGCCCUGGCCCGGCAGUGGGAAGGGAAGGUGCUGGUGAGGAACAGCCUCUCCAAGGAGCUCCAGCAGCGGCUGCGCAAGAGGAAGUUCUCCUUCCGGAAAGCCGAGGAGUUUCUCCGCGCGCUCCGCGGUGGGAAGGGAGGCAACGCUUCGGGGGGCUCCGCGGAGGUGUCCAACUGCACUGCACCCCACGAGGGCCUGGGAGACAGCCCUGUGCUGCAGGAGCAGGGAGAAGAUCCCAAACCUGAGGUCCUGCAGAGCUCUCGAGGGGCUGAGGAUGCUCCCAAACCUGAGGCCCAGCAGAAUUCCCAAGGAGCUGAGGAUGCUCCCAAACCUGAGGCCCUGCAGAGCUCCCAAGGAGCUGAGGAUGCUCCCAAACCUGAGGCCCUGCAGAACUCCCAAGGAGCUGAGGAUGCUCCCAAACCUGAGGCCCUGCAGAGCUCCCAAGGAGGUGAGGGUGCUCCCAAACCUGAGGCCCUGCAGAACUCCCAAGGAGCUGAGGAUGCUCCCAAACCCGAGGCCCUGCAGAGCUCCCGAGGGGCUCCCUCCAUCCCAACCCUGGGUCCGCUGACAGAUGAAGACGUCACGAAGCUGCGGCCAUGUGAGAAGAAGAAGCUGGAAAUCCAAGGCAAGCUCUACCUGGCGCCACUGACCACGUGUGGAAACCUCCCUUUCCGGCGGGUCUGCAAACGUUUCGGAGCAGAUGUCACCUGUGGGGAGAUGGCUGUGUGCACCAACCUGCUCCAGGGCCAGUCCUCCGAGUGGGCUCUGCUCAAACGCCACCACACCGAGGACAUCUUCGGGGUGCAGCUGGAGGGGGCCUUUCCAGACACCAUGACCAAGUGUGCAGAGCUCCUGAACAGGACAAUCGACGUGGAUUUUGUUGACAUCAACGUCGGGUGUCCCAUUGACCUGGUCUACAAGAAGGGAGGAGGCUGUGCUCUGAUGACUCGCUCCAACAAGUUCGAGCAGAUCGUCCGCGGGAUGAACUCGGUGCUGGACGUCCCGCUGACGGUGAAGAUCCGGACUGGGGUGCAGGAGAAGGUUAACGUGGCUCACAAAAUCAUCCCCAGGAUCCGGGAGUGGGGAGCGUCCAUGGUGACGCUGCACGGGCGAUCCCGGGAGCAGAGGUACACCCGGAGCGCAGACUGGGAAUACAUCGCCGAGUGCGCCCGCGUCGCCAGCCCCAUGCCCCUCUUCGGAAACGGGGAUAUUUUGUCCUACGAAGAUGCAAAUCGAGCCAUGCAGAUGGGAGUUUCUGGAAUCAUGAUUGCAAGAGGGGCACUCAUCAAACCCUGGCUUUUCACGGAAAUCAAGGAGCAGAGACACUGGGAUAUCUCCUCCAGUGAGAGAUUUGACAUCCUCAAGGACUUCACCAACUACGGCCUCGAGCACUGGGGGUCAGACACGCAGGGAGUGGAGAAAACCAGGAAAUUCCUGCUGGAAUGGCUCUCCUUCCUGUGCAGGUACAUUCCAGUUGGAUUAUUGGAACAUCUACCUCAGAGAAUCAACGAGCGGCCCCCCUAUUACCUGGGGAGGGAUUACCUGGAGACCCUCAUGGCCAGCCAAAACGUGGAUGAUUGGAUCAAAAUAAGCGAGCUGCUCCUGGGCCCCGUCCCACCCAGCUUCACCUUCCUGCCGAAACACAAGGCCAAUUCCUACAGAUAGAGCUGGCCAGGCCGUGUCCCGCGGCGUCAGGAGGCGUUUGGAUGGGCUGUGAGGAGGAGCGGGGCUCCUCGGCUGCGCUGGCAGCUGGAAUAAAGCUGACGUUUUUAGAGGCUGGUGAGGUUUUUUUUGCCUUCCUGCCCCGCAUCGAUCCUGGCAGACGAACACCCGUUAGUGAGGGGAUCUUUGCCUCCGGUUCGCAGCCGGAGCUGUCCGAGCUGCCCCACAUCGCUGAGAAAGAGGCCUCAGCUCCCACCUUGGGAGUGACAAAACUCCCAGGACGAGGAGCAGCAACGUCCCCCCAGCCCUUCCGCUGUCCCCCACAACCGAGGUGACACGGAGUUGAUGUUCAAGCUCCAAAGAGAAGCUUCUCAAAGAGCUCUGAGCGCUCUGGGGACAGCUUGGAGGGUCUCAGCAGCGUCCCCACGCCUGAGGGACCCCAGUGGCGCCAGCAGAGUGGGGAGAGGGGUGGUCCCAGCACUGCUGCCAUCCAUCAUGGCCACCUCCACAGGGAUAUCCCCAGGCAAUGACAGCUCCUCAGCCACUCUGCUGCCGCAAAACCGAGGUGUAAGGGAUGGGGCAGGGCUGGGGCACCGCGGGGAUCCCGAUCUCGCCCCAUCACAAACUUCUGGCCGAGCUGCUGCCUCGGUAGGUGUCAUGGCGGCCUCCUGUGCCUCGGUAGCACGCAUGGCGGCCCCCUGCGCCUCAGUAGGUGUCAUGGCGGCCCCCUGUGC